AUGAGCUUCGGCAGCGCCGACGCGCUGCUGGGCGCCCCGUUCGGGCCGCUGCCGGGAAGCGGCGGCUUGUACUAUGCCCUGGGCCGCAAGGGCGGCGCGCGCUCAGCGGCCGGCUCCUCCAGCGGCUUCCACUCAUGGGCUAGGACAUCCGCAAGCUCUGUGUCGGCUUCUCCCAGCCGCUUCCGCGCCGCGGCCGCCGCCUCAAGCACCGACUCGCUGGACACCCUAAGCAACGGGCCGGAGGGCUGCGUGGUGGCGGCGCGCAGCGAGAAAGAGCAGCUGCAGGUGCUGAACGACCGCUUCGCGGGCUACAUCGACAAGGUGCGGCAGCUCGAAGCACACAACCGCAGUCUGGAGGGCGAGGCGGCGACGCUGCGGCAGCAGCAGGCCGGUCGCUCCGCCAUGGGCGAGCUGUACGAGCGCGAGGUCCGCGAGAUGCGCGGUGCCGUACUGCGCUUGGGCGCGGCGCGUGGCCAGCUGCGUCUGGAGCAGGAUCAUCUGCUUGAGGACAUCGCACACGUGCGCCAGCGCCUAGACGACGAGGCCCGGCAGCGCGAAGAGGCAGAAGCGGCGGCGCGUGCACUGGCGCGCUUCGCGCAGGAAGCCGAGGCGGCGCGCGUCGAGCUGCAGAAAAAGGCGCAGGCGCUGCAAGAGGAGUGCGGCUACCUGCGGCGCCACCACCAGGAAGAGGUGGGCGAGCUCCUCCGCCAGAUCCAAGGCUGCGGCGCCGUGCAGGCGCAGGCUCAGGCCGAGGCGCGCGACGCCCUCAAGUGCGACGUGACGUCGGCCCUUCGCGAGAUCCGCGCGCAACUCGAGGGCCAUGCGGUGCAGAGCGCGCUGCAGUCCGAGGAGUGGUUCCGAGUGAGGCUGGACAGACUGUCAGAGGCUGCCAAGGUGAACACAGAUGCCAUGCGCUCAGCACAGGAGGAGAUAACUGAGUACCGGCGUCAACUGCAGUCCAGGACCACAGAGCUGGAGGCGCUCAAAAGCACCAAGGACUCGCUGGAGAGGCAGCGUUCUGAGCUGGAGGACCGGCAUCAGGCUGACAUUGCAUCCUACCAAGAAGCUAUUCAGCAGCUGGAUACUGAGCUGAGGAACACCAAGUGGGAGAUGGCAGCCCAACUCCGAGAGUACCAGGACCUGCUCAAUGUCAAGAUGGCUCUGGAUAUCGAGAUUGCUGCUUACAGAAAACUCUUGGAGGGAGAAGAGUAUCGAAUUGGCUUUGGCCCAAGUCCUUUCUCCCUUCCUGAAGUAUUCCCUAAAGUUCCCUCUAUAUCCACCCACAUAAAGGUCAAAAGCGAAGAGAAGAUCAAGCUGGUAGAAAAGUCAGAGAAGGAAACUGUGAUUGUAGAGGAACAGAUGGAGGAGAUCCAGGUGACUGAAGAAGUGACCGAAGAAGAAGAAAAAGAGGCCAAAGAGGAGGAAGUCAAGAAGGAAGAAGAGGGAGAAGAGGAGGAAGCAGAAGGGGGAGAAGCAGCAAAAUCUCCAGCAAAAGAAUCUAUAUCCCCAGAGAAGGAGGUCAAGUCCCCUGCAAAGGAAGAAGCAAAAUCACCAGCUGAGGCCAAGUCCCCAGAGAAGGAAGAGGCCAAGUCACCAGCUGAGGUCAAGUCUCCAGAGAAGGCCAAGUCCCCUGUGAAGGAAGAGGCAGCAUCUCCAGCUGAAGUCAAAUCCCCAGAGAAGCCCAAGUCCCCUGUGAAAGAAGAAGCAAAAUCGCCAGCUGAAGUCAAGUCUCCUGAGAAGGCCAAGACACCUUUGAAGGAAGAAGCAAAGCCUGUAGCUGAGGAGAAGUCCCCAGAGAAACCCAAGUCCCCAGUGAAGGAAGAAGCAAAGUCCCCAGUGAAAGAAGAAGCAAAAUCUCCAGCUGAGGUCAAGUCCCCAGAGAAGGCCAGGACCCCAGUGAAGGAAGAAGCCAAAUCUCCAACAGAGGUCAAAUCCCCAGAGAAGGCCAAGACCCCAGUGAAGGAAGAGGCCAAGUCUCCAGCUGAGGUCAAGUCCCCAGAGAAGGCCAAGACCCCAGUGAAGGAAGAGGCCAAAUCUCCAACAGAGAUCAAAUCCCCAGAGAAGGCCAAGACCCCAGUGAAGGAAGAGGCCAAAUCUCCAACAGAGGUCAAAUCCCCAGAGAAGGCCAAGACCCCAGUGAAGGAAGAGGCCAAAUCUCCAACAGAGGUCAAAUCCCCAGAGAAGGCCAAGACCCCAGUGAAGGAAGAGGCCAAAUCUCCAACGGAAGUCAAAUCCCCAGAGAAGGCCAAGACCCCAGUGAAGGAAGAGGCCAAAUCUCCAGUGGAGGUCAAAUCCCCAGAGAAGGCCAAGACCCCAGUUAAGGAGGAAGCCAAGUCCCCAGUGGAGGUGAAGUCCCCAGAGAAGCCAAAGUCCCCAGUGAAGGAAGAAGCAAAGUCCCCUGAGAAGGCCAAGACUCUUGAUAUGAAAUCCCCAGAAGCCAAGACGCCAGUGAAGGAGGAAAUAAGGUCCCCUGCAGACAUCAAGUCCCCUGAAAAGGCCAAAACUCCUGUCAAGGAAGAGAUUAAAUCCCCAGAGAAGGCCAAAUCUCCCGUGAAGGACGAUGCCAAGGCUUCUGAGAAGGAGGCCCCAAAGAAGGAAGAGGUGAAGUCCCCCGUUAAAGAGGGGGAGAAACCCCAGGAGGGUAAAGUCAAAGAGCCCCCAAAGAAAGUGGAAGAAGAGAAAGCUCCAGCCACACCAAAAACUGAGGAGGAGAAGAAGGACAGCAAGAAAGAUGAGGUGCCCAAGAAGGAGGUUCCAAAGCCUGAGGUCGAGGAGAAGAAGGGACCUACUGUAGAGAAGCCAAAAGAAUCCAAAGUCGAAGCCAAGAAGGAAGAGACUGAAGAUAAGAAAACAGCAGCGACCCCAGAGAAGGAGACUCCUGCCAAGGUGGAGGUGAAGGAAGAGGCUAAACCCAAAGAGAAGACCGAGGUGGCCAAGAAGGAGCCAGAUGAUGCUAAGGCCAAAGAACCCAGCAAAGCGGCGGAGAAGGAACCAGAAAAGCCCAAAAAGGAAGAGGCACCAGCAGCACUGGAGAAAAAAGAUACCAAGGAGGAGAGGACCACAGAGGCCAAGAAGCCUGAGGAGAAACCCAAAACAGAGACCAAAGCUAAGGAGGAGGAAAAGCCUGUUGCAAAAGAGCCCACCAAGGAGGCCCCCAAGCCCAGCAAACCCCAGAUGGAAAAGGCUGAAAAAUCCUCCAGCACAGACCAAAAAGACAGCAGGCCUCCAGAGAAGGCUCCAGAGGACAAGGCCCCCAAGGGGGAGAAGUAAGUCAGGGAAAAAGGAACAUCUGGAGCAGCCAAAGAAACUCAGGAGGGGCAGGAGCUUGUGGGUCGGUAUAACGAAUUUUCGUUUUUUUCUCUUUUCUUUAUGUAAGAAGAAACUCUGCUUAGAUGAUGGAGCUCUCCUUCACCAAACAGGAAUUUCUGUUAGCAAUAUAUUCGCAAGAAAGGGGACUCCCAACCCCCUGGCCCUCACGCCCCAAACUCUCCCCAAGCGAUGGACAAUUAUGAUAGCUUAUGUAGCUGAAUGUGAUACCUGCUGAAUGCCACACGUAAACACUUGACUAUAAAAACUACCCCCUCCUUUCCAAAUAAGUGCAUUUAUUUCCUGUAUGUGCAACUGACAGAUGACCGCAAUAAUGAAUGAGCAGUUAGGAAUACAUUAUGCUUGAGAUGUCUUAACCUAUUCCUGAAUGCCUUCUGUUUUUCCAAAGGAGUGGUCAAGCCCUUGCCCAGAGCAUUUUAUCCUGAAAGAGCUCAAGAGGGUGGGGCUGGGCACUGGCCACUGAAUCAUGCCAGGGCGCACUUUUCCACUGAAGUCUACUUUCAAUUGCUUCUGUGCAAUAAAACCAAGUGCUUAUAAAAUGAAAAUGCUGCAGCUGUUAUUUAUUCUCUUCUCCUGGGAAGGCCGGGGAACGGGUUGGGGGAGGCCUAGGUGUCAUAUCCAAUACUGCACAGGACUGAGAGAACAUCAGAGUUCUCUGCCACCAGAUAAUUGUAGGCCUGAAACCAGUCUCCUCACCGCUCUGGUGCUGUUUUCUGGGUGCAAAUCACGGGCCUGGUAAUGUGCUAGGUGCUUUGAUUUUAUGAUCUUAUAGACUGCUGACCUGGUACAUAGUUUCCCAGUAGGUUCCACCAGCCUCAAAUCGCCUAGGAGACUCAUGAAGAAGCAAAUUGUGUCUUUCAUAACAUGGAGGAAUCUGGAAGGCAUUAUGCUGAGUGAAAUUAGUCAGUUGCAAAAGGACAAAUAUUGUGUAAGACCACUAUUUUAAG